AUGCGUCUCCCACCUAUCUCUGGAUGGGGCAUUGCUCUUGGCCUUGUGAGCACCGUCUUUGCUGCUCCUCAGCCUGUAGGGCAGACAUGUCCUGGAGGCGGUAUCGAGAUCAUCGCAUUACAGCCAUACGAGAUCGUACACAAUGGAAAGACCUCUGUUACCACUGUUACCCGCACUUACACCAAGUACGCUGGGCAAUCCGAUGCCCCAGCAAAAUAUGACGGGCCCGGAAACCCUGAUUCUGGGGUCAAUUACCCAGGCUACCCUGAUCUACCGGCAUAUCAUACCGACUUGGGUCAUCCGACACAACAGGGGCAGCCAGACCAUUCGCCUUGUAAUGGUUGCGUUACCAUCACAACCACCACUGCAGUUCCAUUCUGCACCACUAUUCCCCCUGCUACUAAAGGCGGAGUCUCUACUGUUAUUACUGGUAUCCCCCCUCCUUGCACCCACUGCGUCACUAUUACCACUGCGGGCUAUGUUCCGUAUAUCACUACAGUUCCUCCAGCCUCUUCUGGUGGCAGGACUACAGUUAUUACCUGUGCUGGGCCACGGACAGUCACUAUAACUGCCAAGGUACCAGAUAUAACAACACUACUUCCUCUUUCUGAUUGCAGGUACUGCACGGCUACAGUUGUUAUCCCCUCUGCCGCCCAUAGUACCAUAACUACGAAAGGAUGGAUCUCAGGAACUCCAACCUUUACCGUUCCCGUCUCUACUCUAACUACGACUGGCCCGACUGCUGGAACGACGACCUUGCCUGUCCCCUCUGGCUGCAAUUCCUGCACCAUAACUGUUAUUGUCACUGCUGGGACCAUGACUAGCUUCACUGGUCCAUUCACCACCUUGACUACUAAGGGUCCAAUUGCAGGAAUAAGUACCUUACCUGGUCCUUCUGGCUGCAUCAAGUCUUGCACUGGCACAGUCGUAGUAACCGACGGCUUCCCCGGACCCUUCUCAACGAUAAUAACCACUGGACCCACUGCUGGGACCACCACUAAGCCACCACCUUCGAGUUGUACAAAGUCUUGCACUGGAACCAUUAUUGUUACAUGUGGACCAUCAGUCCAGUCCAUUGAUUCAUCCGGUAUGAUCUCUACAGCUCGGACUGCUACCGCCACAACUAGAGUACCCAGGUCCUCGGGUGCCCUAUCAUCAACCACUAUUGCAACCAGCAGGCAAAACUCUGGCUCAACCAUUCCAUCUGGCUUAGCUACAUCCGGUUCAGCUCGGUCAGGUUUAACCAUUCCAUCUGGCUCAGCUACAUCCGGUUCAGCUACUUCAUCUGACUCAGUACCUCCAUCUGGCUCAACAACUCCCUCUGACUCAGUACCUCCAUCUGGCUCAACAACUCCCUCUGACUCAGUACCUCCAUCUGGCUCAACAACUCCCUCUGACUCAGUACCUCCAUCUGGCUCAACAACUCCCUCUGACUCAGUACCUCCAUCUGGCUCAACAACUCCCUCUGACUCAGUACCUCCAUCUGGCUCAACAACUCCCUCUGACUCAGUACCUCCAUCUGGCUCAACAACUCCCUCUGACUCAGUACCUCCAUCUGGCUCAACAACUCCCUCUGACUCAGUACCUCCAUCUGGCUCAACAACUCCCUCUGACUCAGUACCUCCAUCUGGCUCAACAACUCCCUCUGACUCAGUACCUCCAUCUGGCUCAACAACUCCCUCUGACUCAGUACCUCCAUCUGGCUCAACAACUCCCUCUGACUCAGUACCUCCAUCUGGCUCAACAACUCCCUCUGACUCAGUACCUCCAUCUGGCUCAACAACUCCCUCUGACUCAGUACCUCCAUCUGGCUCAACAACUCCCUCUGACUCAGUACCUCCAUCUGGCUCAACCAUUCCAUCUGGCUUAGCUACAUCCGGUUCAGCUCGGUCAGGUUCAACCAUUCCAUCUGGCUCAGCUACAUCCGGUUUAGCUACUUCAUCUGACUCAGUACCUCCAUCUGGCUCAACAACUCCCUCUGACUCAGUACCUCCAUCUGGCUCAACUCAGCAGCCUCUUCUUUAG